UUCAUUAAGACAAGAGAAUUAUUUUAAUACAUUCUAAACAAUAAAGAUUCAAAUUUCAAUCGGUAUUCAAAUUGAUUCAUACUUUGCAUUUUAUUGUGAACGUUUUUUCUUUAGAAUAUCUACCUAAUAAAAUAAAUGGCCAAUAACGAUAUAGAUAUGAAUAAUUUACGAAUUGCAAUUAUAUGUUCAAGUAAUAUGAAUCGCAGCAUGGAAGCUCACGCUUUCCUUGCAAAAAAAGGUUUCUAUGUUAAGUCUUAUGGAACAGGUGAUAAAGUGAAAUUGCCAGGAUCAGCUGCUGAUAAACCAAAUAUAUAUGAUUUUGGUGUUUCAUAUGAUGAAAUAUACAACGAUUUAAUCAGCAAAGACAAAACUUUAUAUACUCAAAAUGGUUUGCUACAUACAUUAGAUAGAAAUAGAAGAAUUAAAACAAAACCAGAAAAAUUUCAAGAAUGCACAGAAAAAUUCGAUAUUUUAAUAACAUGUGAGGAACGUGUUUAUGAUCAAGUAUUAGAAUAUAUGGAAAAUAAAACACCAUCAGAUAAUUCAAUAGUUCAUGUGAUAAAUAUUGAUAUUCAGGAUAAUUUAGAAGAAGCAACAAUAGGUGCAUUUUUAAUAAGUGAUAUGUGUACCAUGAUGGCAAAAUCUGAUGAUUUGGACAAUGAUAUAGAUGAAGUUUUACAUAGCUUUGAGGAAAAAUGUGAAAGACCUAUUCUACACAGCAUUGUUUUUAAUUGAUUUGCUUUUAGGUUUAUCACAUCUUAAGGACUGUUGUGACUCAAGAGAUGCUUCCCUGUAAAUGGUAAAAUUAUACAAGGAAUACUACUACAAUAUAACAU